GCAUCAUCACUGGCUGCCUCAAAGACAACAGGAAAGAAGAAAGGGAGGAGAAAAGAAAGAGAUGGAGCAGAUGAGAGGGGCCUUGAGGCCGUCUGCGGCUUCCCUGUCCCGGGCCGCCCGCCAGCCCCAGGCGGGGAGAGCCUGCAGUGCACCGUGGGAUUGCAGUGACAUCAUCGGCGCUCAUCUGACAGGACGGGCUCUAGGGAGGACAUUUUUUCCCGUGUCGGCGCAGACGUUCUGCUGGACUUGCACCGCUGCAGGUCGGGGAGCAGAAGCCGCACAGGCGAGCUGUGACAGAUGUUGGUGCAUCUGGAGGCAUCCCUUUCACAAUGGACGAUUUGGACCACAGUGUGUACAUGGCAGAGCAAGACUGGGACUCCUUUUUCCAGGAGAGCGAGGAGUGCAACCUUCAGCAGGGAGCGCUAGCGGGCCUGGACGACUCGGGACUGAGUGACUUUGAUGAAGCAGAAUUUUGCCUCUCAAGCCAGGAGGUGCGGGCCAGCCUGGAGUCGGGCCCCUUGGGGACUCACAGGUCUAUUGACAGCCCCUCGGACUUGGAAGGACUGCCUGUUAAACCUCCUGAGAGCACCAAAGACCUUCAUGGUCCUGAGGAUGUUCUAGCUGCUGGAGGGAGUGAAGAGACUGUAAAUGUGUUCUCUGAAAGAACUGUGAUCUCUGGGGAGGACGAGGAUCCUGCAAAGCUCAGCUGUGGUGAGCAGGCAAGUGCAGAUUUAAGCAAAGACUGCAGCCUGGAUAAACCCCAAGAAGCUACAGAACCAGCUGGUGCGUGCUGUGCUGCAUGUGGUGUAGACGUUUACCAAGAGACAGCCUGGGACUGUGUGGAUGCAACUGGCAGCACGAGCAGAGAGCCUGCGAUUCAAAUGAAUGCAACUGCAGCUAUCAAUCUGUUUACAGAAUCAGUUCCUCAAGGGGAGAUAGCAGUUCACGCCUCAAAUUGCGGUGAUGUUAGAUCUGCAUUAUCAAACCUCCAAGCUAGUAAUAAGUGUGGACAUUGCAGAGGCCUCUCUGCAGGGGAAUUCUUCUCUGUGCUGAAAGGAUCACCAGAGGAAAUGAACAUGGAAAUAGAAGAGUCAGAGGCAGGCCAGUCAUCUUUGGCAACUCCUUCUAUCUCAUUCUCUGACCCUCAGAAGGAUUCACCAAUGAACACAGAAGCACAGUCUGAUGCUAAUAUCUCAGCGAGAGCUGGCCACCUCAGUGACCGUGAGAAACCUCAUAGGAAGGAAAAGGAACGCUGGUUUGUGACCGUUAACAUGGGCCAGACCCACUCCAGAGAAAGUCCCGGGCCACCGGCAAAAAAAAAAAAAAGAAAAAAAAGUUGCAGUGAAGAUGGGCCUGAACUGGGCACUGGGUCCGAGGGGCAGGACCCAGACAUUGAGUGUAAUUCAGGAGCAGAGAGACUUGGAGUUUCUGAGCCACAGAGUCAGGAAAUAGACAAUAACCCUGAUGACUCCAUAUCUGAUGCAGAGGGGUCUAGCUCAAAUGAAUCUGUCACGUCAACCAGAACCCAACACCACAUAUUAAAAAAUCACAAUGCACUGGUUCUUUCAAAGGAACCAUUGCCUGUAUUUCAGACUGUCUGUGAGUUUGAGGGACACAAAGUAAACUGUCAAAACUCCCAGGAUGUAAAUAAUCACCAAGAACAACAAAAAGUGUCAGUUGGAAGCAGUUUGCAAAUGAAUGCUGCCCUUGAGCGCAAAUUAGCAUUAGAACAGAAUGAUAGUAUGCCCAAGAGUUCUCAGCCAGUCUGCCCUAUGAUGUCUGGCUGGACAGAGCCAUCAAAACCUAUCACUGUUGUAACCCCUAACCCUCUGAAUCACCAGAACCUUCUGGUGAAGCUGCUUUUUUCCAGUCAAAGUGACACCGGUUGGGAAAUGUUAGUCUUCUGCAAGAAUUCUGACCAAGAGGAUCUUCCAUUCUCCCGAGAAGAGAGAGCUUCACAGGAUGAUGCAGAAGCUGAAAACCAGUGUAAGAACUGUCCCACACACUCACAGACCGAUAGCACACCCAAAAGGUGCUCAGAAGAAGGCAUAAUCUCCUCAGAGACAUCCAUCUCCAUAGAAUCGCCAGAAAUUUCAAACAGUUGUGUCUUUGACACCAUUCCUGGUUCCUACUCAUUGCACAGAUGUUUGAGUGCAGAUCAGCAAGUUGACUUGGAAUCUAAAAGGUUUCUUUCAGUGGUGCCGCAAAUUACAAAUGUGUCAGAACCUAGCGGACCAUUCGUUUCUGAAAUCAACAAUGGUUCUGGUGAAUUCGACCAGUCAAAAGAUUUCGUAACCCCAGAUAAAGUCCACAACAGUCCAAGAAUUCAAAAGGACCACACUUGUCCAGAUCAAGAAGAAGUGAAAAAAUCAAACAACAAACUAAUGUGCUCAGAAGAGACAAGCAUCCCGUGUUUAUAUACCGAUGAAAGCGGUCAUACAUCAGCAAAAUAUGUAAUUCAUGAAAGAGACUCCACUCUCUCUGCUACUGCUAAUGCUCAGCCCCUAACAGUAACCAAAGUGAAUUCAUGCUUUCUAACUGCAGAUCAGCAAAGCAUAGAAGAAAAGCCCCGUUUAGAAGCUGCCAUAUUGCACCCCGUAGACACAACAGUUUCAGAUGAACGCGCAGUCGACCUAAGCCCAAUUGAAAGCUCAGUCAUGAUGCUUAGGAACUCCAUCUCCCACAAUCCCGAGAGGAAUGAGAAUAAUCUCACAGGAGACGAUCUGUGCCUAAGGAGCACGAACGUAUCACAGGCCAACAGUGCAGAAAAUUUGUCCAAUCAAACGUUCCCAGAAUUCCUGCGGCCUCCAUUAGAUCCAAUCAAAGGCGAAGCGCAGGAGUUGGACAGUGAAGAAACAUUAGCAGAGGACUCGCCUACUGCAAGCCUCAGUGCUGUUGCGUCUCCUGACUGCAACAUUCAGAGUAUCAUGGAAGAUGAGUCCGUUCUCCCAAAAGAGCCAGGCACCUGCACAGAAGACCCGGUAAGCAGGGAGCUGGAUCCAGUCCUGGACUCCACACGCCCAGUUUAUGCCAUAUCCUCCUUUUGGGAUGAGAUGGAGAAGCUAACGAUAAAUGAUAUCUUGCACCUGAGGUUAGUGAGUAACGCCCGGCGCCCCAGUGACCUCCCCCGCGUGCAAGACGCGGCUGUGGCCGAUGCUUCAGAUGCUGCGGACUCGGGCUACUUUGCCCACCCCGAUGACUCUAAGCCUGACCGCUGGGCUGGGGACACCUCCCUUUUAUCAGAUUUCGAAGACGAGUUCCAGCAAACCCUGAGUGCCAGCGCAAACCCCAGCCCUGAACCCCAAGAUGGAAAAUCACCAGUGCUGUGGUCAACAGAGCCUUGCGGGGAGUGGUGGGAAAGUGAUGCCACCUCCACGGGGUCUGGUAACGAAGCAGGGGGAUGUAUGGAGCGUCCCUCAGAGGACACCGUUUCCCAGCAUCUGUUCUCGGACGGGACCCAGAGCUUCAAGACUCUGUGUAAGGCUGCGACUGCGCAGAAUCUGCAGACUCUGGAGGAAGAGGAACAGUCUUCUAUGUCCUUGCCAGUGACUGCUGGAGGGGCGGGUGAGAGCAGCAUGCUUUCCAGCCUUCAGCAGAGACCUGUGGAAACUUGCAGCUUGGCUCCACUGGAGUAUGGGAAUGAUGCGAUGAGCUCACCUCUGCCUCUUCUUUCUGGAAAGGCCUCACCAGAGACCUAUGUGAUGACUUUCCCUGAAAUAUCGAGGCAUUUCAUUGGUGAAGAUGAAGCUGAGACCAGACUGUCAGCCAGAGCUAGCCCUACCUCUGCCCCACCAUCUGAAACCAGUCUGUCAGGCAGAGAUAGCCCUACUGCCUACUCCCUAUGUGAAACCAGUCUGUCAGGCAGAGAUAGCCCUACUGCCUACUCCCUAUGUGAAACCAGUCUGUCAGGCAGAGAUAGCCCUACUGCCUACUCCCUAUGUGAAAUCAGUCUGUCAGGCAGAGAUAGCCCUACUGCCUACUCCCUAUGUGAAACCAGUCUGUCAGAUCGAUCUAGCCCUAUUGUUGUCUCCCUAUCUGAAACCACUCUGUCAGUUAGAGCUAGCCCUACUGCCUACUCCCUACUUGAAACCAGUAUGUCAGACAAUGCUAGCCCUAUUGUUAUCUCCCUACCUGAAACCAGUGUAUCAGGCAGAGCUAGCCCCACUGUCUACUCCCCAUCUGACAUCAGACUGUCAGGCAGAGCUAGCCCUACUGCCUACUCCCUAUGUGAAACCAGUCUGUCAGAUCGAUCUAGCCCUAUUGUUGUCUCCCUACCUGAAACCAGUCUGUCAGGCAGGAGCCUGCCCCUAUGA